AUGGAAGGUAUUGCCUUCCCGAAUGCGAACAUGACUAGUGGCGGAGGCAAUGGUGGCUUCUAUCAAACAAGCUAUGGCCCUCCACAGGGAAACCGAAAUGCGGGGAUGAACGGCAACGUCUCCAGCACCAACGAGCACUACUUCAUGCCGUCGCAACAGUCGACCACGACUUUUGAUGAUGAGCCUCCACUGCUCGAGGAACUUGGAAUCAACGUCGCGUCCGUGAUCGCCAAAGCCCGUGCAGUGGCUAACCCUUUCUCCCAUAUCGACAGCAGCUUUGCUGACGAGGCCGACAUGACGGGGCCGGUCUUUUUCUGCCUGUUACUGGGAUUUUUACUACUGCUGCAGCGCAAGGUACAGUUCAGUGUCAUUUAUGGGCAAGCAAUUGUAGGUUGCUUGGCUGUUUACUUUGUGUUCAACCUUAUGUCGCAGCGCGGUAUCGAUUUGUACAGAUCAACAAGCAUUCUAGGGUAUUCGCUUCUACCGAUGGUGCUUUUGUCAUUCUUCGCUAUUUUCAUUCCCUUGAAAGUCAAGGCACUCAGCAUUGUGCUCGGUGGUGGUUGCAUCUUCUGGAGUACCACCACAGCCACCAAAAUCUUCGUCGCUGUCUUAUCGAUGCGAGACCAAUUCUGGCUCGUAUGGUAUCCGCUAGCACUGCUUUAUACAUCGUUUGCGUUUAUCACUGUGUUCUAGAUUCGCCUGUGACACGCGCUCAGCUGGAAUCCUGUGACUCACCACGAUGGCAAGUCCAAAUGUGCGCUUAUCUCUGUUUCCUUGCCUAGUGCUGGGGACCGGAGCCCAAAUUGCCUCAUCCAUAAUCGUCUGCAAGCAAAGAAGCAUGAAUUGAAGGGCGCGAAAGAAGACAUGAGUAGGGCGCUUUCCCAGUUAAGUCGCUGCGAAGUAGCAUACGUGGUUAUUCCUUCGCAGCCAUGAGUAAUCCUCUCGGCGGGCGCGGUUUCUCCUUCCUGUUAACAACAGCGAUAUCUAGCAGUCCCUCCGGCGGGUCGAUAUUAAUGAUACUAUUCUUUUUAUCAACAAACGGGACGACCUGCUUGACAAACGGGACAAGUACGCGCUUUGCCUUUUCCGGAAUGUCGCCCUUGAAACUGGUGUUACUACGGUCAGGAUAGCCCACAGACUCAUUGCAGGGGUCUUCCUUGACAGGAAAGAUUGCGAUCUCAAGCAAAUCGGCGGCCACAGAGGCAGCAGCUGCCCCGGACCCGGCAGCGGUGCAAAGAUCAUCCUUUGUAAUGACGCUAUCGACCACGCCAAUAACAGUAUCAUCUCCAACACAACGGACCCGAGAUCCAACUAGAUCCGCAACCAUAAACUCAUCUCUCGCAA